GUCGUCAGUGUGGAUACGGCUCCUACUUUGCUGAUGCUCCGACGGAUGGACCUUCUCCCCUUACGCAGGCUCCUGAACAACAUCCGGGAGCUCAUCGGGUUGUUCCCUGCCAGCGGACCCCAGGAGCCUCCAGAGCUUCGGGGCGCCCCCGCCCGCGCGCAGGCGCCGAAGCAAGCAGUGCGCCGUCAGCUCUUUUUGCGGGCUGACAUCGAGGUGCGCUUGGCCGAGCUCACGGGCUGUCCGUCUCUGGCACUUCGAUGCGUGCCAGCACCAGAGCUCUCACGCGGCGGUGCUCAAUUGUACGUGCGGCUGAAGGAGCUGUCGCUCGAGUUGUUGGAGGCUUCUGCUGAAGGUCACGAUGCCUACUCCAAGGCCUCGGCGCGCUUGGCACUGACCGGACUUGGCUUAACGCUUCAGAGUACAUCAGCGGGCACUGAAGCCAGUGUCACCGUGGACAACAUCACAGCCACCCACGGCCUGGAGCAUCAGAUGUGGUUGCGGAUGAUGGCGACGAGCUUGCACCAUCUUCACUUCAAGUAUUGCGCUGGCAGCCAAUUGGUCUUCUCGAUGGAGCCAACAGCUUUUCGAGUACACUCGGCUUGGAUGAAGCCGGUGGCCUCCCUGCUGUUUGGUGUCGGCUGGUGGCGGAAUGCCAGCCGCCUCCACGAUCCGGAUGCCAGCUGGAACGGGCUGGGCUUGGUCGCCGCGGUACCUCAGGCCGAACGAGCCGGGCAGUUGACUGAUUCGGUUCGCCCGCUGCUGACUGGCGAGGACCUGUCCCUGAAGCAGUGGAUGGGAACCGUCUGGCAACUCAACGGCGAGCCCUCCGUCGACCAAGAGGUUCCGCCGCCCACGAGGGUGAUUCUGCAGAUCCAACCGGAUGGCUCCUUGUGGUCACGCAGGGAUUCGGCGAGCUUAUGGAUGCCGCUGCUGUCCAAGUCCUUCGCCGCGACAAACUACCGCCACUUCCAGACGACUGUGUUCCCCUUCGGGAUUUGCUGCACCAAUUCGGAGUUCUCCACCCAUAGCCGCUGCUCAAUCGCCUUUGACUCCUCUGGAGAUCGUGAUGCAGUGGUCAGGAUGUUCACGGCUCUCCACCUGCAGCGCAUGCGGAACUCACAGCCGCCAGUGCCAACGGUCUCCACGGUUUCGCGGCAGAUGCCUCCCUGGGAGAGGCCGAGCCUCGGUUCAGCGGCGGACGUCAUCCGCAACGGCAGCUCCCGUCUCUUUCAGAGGUCUCGGUCCGUUGGCACCACCCUCGUUCGCCUUAGCUCCGUGGCGCGGAGUCCAGCGUCCAGCGCUGCACGGAGCAUGGGCAG